UAAUUCUCUUCAAAGUUGAUGUAUAAUGGGGUAUUUUAACGAAAUUAAAUCAUCAAUAAAUUUAUAAUAUUCUCUGAUAACUUAAUUAUGAGUCUAUUUUAGAAAUAUUAAUUAGAAAAUUAAAAGUUUUAUUAAGUGAGUGAAUAUGGAUAGCCAGUUGCUGUUGGAUCUUCUUAUUGUUGUGAUGUGUAGUUUAGUACUUAGAGGAGCAGAGCCACUGAGAAUAACGUCUGUUGAAAUUCCGAAAAUUGUGAGAGCAGGAACUGAUGAGCCAGUAAUUUUGGAUUGCAAAUAUGACAUGGAGUUAACGUCAAAUGUCGCCCUUGUUGUUAAGUGGUAUAUCAAACAGAACGAGCUUCUCUACCAAUGGAUUCAUGACAGAAGACAUCGGGGUUCAGAUGAAUACCGACAUUACAUUGAUGAGUCAUAUAAAGCAAGCAAUGAUUCAAAUACCAUGUACAGAGCAGUCAAAUUAGUUAAACCAAGUCAUGAACUUUCUGGAAAAGUUAAAUGUAGCAUAUCAGCACAAGAUGCUGAAGUGGAGGCUACUAGUGAUAUGCUCGUUUAUUCUCCUGCCAGUGUUUUUCGAUUGUUUCAUCCAAUAAUAAAUGAAAACUCUACACGAUUAACAACACGGUGUGUAGCAGAAGACCUUUAUCCACAACCUCUGAUAAUGCUUUAUCGUGAUAAUCAACCAAUAGAAAAUCAAAAACAAUUCUAUGAAAACAAGUCGGACGGUCGAUUUACUGCUGAAGUUGUGGCUAAUUUGUGGAUGAAUGAAAUCAAAUUACCAACCACAUUCCAGUGUGAAGUGUCGAUCAGAGAAGCAAAUUAUACUUUAGUUCGAGAAAUAGUUUAUAAUGGAACAUCUCAGUCCAAUGUUUCACUCUUGAUCUCUUUCAUCACUGGCUUCAUCAUAACCAAAGCAACAUCUGGCUGUUAAUAAGAAGAUUAUGUAUAUAUUCAAGAAAAAAAUAAUUAACAAUUGGACAAUGUUAUUACAUGAAUUUUUAUUGAUAAUUAUUAAGACUACACUAUUAUGUACCUUGUGAUAAUCAAUAGUCCUUUCUGAGGUAGGUAGUAUCUACCACAUCAUGAUACUUGUACAAAUACUCUACCAUCACUUAAUCAUUCAUCAAUCCGGCAAUAAAAUAUUUAGGAAAUUAUUCAUAUAUCUAGAAUAAAAUGAUUAUAAUAACAAUAUUUAUGUGCUGUAGUAUACUGAUGUAAGUGGCCUAUUUCAAUCAUCUAGAUUCAUGAUUGUUCAUAAACGAUUUAUUUCAGUACUUAAAUGAACUUUUUUUCUUUCCACAAUAAUCAUUAUUAUAUUUGAUCUAAAAUCAUUUCAAGAGAAUUAUCUCUUUGUCUAAUAGCUGGUAUCUGUCUAUAAUUAAAUGUAAAUUCAUUUAUAAUAACUUGCUAUUAUGGAAGUUUUGAUGCAAUUAUUUCUAUUUUAAAUGUUACAAUAAAUAUAAUACGAAGUAGUUAUUAUCUGACUCUUCUCUUUGCUUGUGUGUAUUAUUAUUAUUAUUAUUUAUAAAAAACAGGGUAAUAUGUAUGAAUUGAUGAUGAUAAAAAAAAUAGAUAAAAUAAUACUGAAAAGAGAUAAAUGUUCACGAGACUUGCACAAAAUAAAGUGUAGACGAGUGAGUGAAAGUUGUGAUAAAAUAGAGAAUUGAUAACUUUCUUUAAAAAAACCUUUAACUACAUAAAUAAUAAAUCUUUAAAGAAAUCUUUGCUAUCACAAUUCGUUAUUUAGGAGUAAAAAAGAAAUGUCGGAUUUUUUUUCUGUAUUUUUCACUACUCUAUGACUUUUAUCAAAAGUAUGUAAUUUUUUAUUUUUAUAGGAAAAUAUUUGUACUUGUUUAAUCAAUAUAUUUACUGGGUAAUAACAUCUUUGUUAUUAUACAUAAUAAAAAUACAAGAUUUUUUAUAUUGAAAAAAUAAUUAAUAUCAUAAGAAAAUGCAUUGUUUUAUUCUAAAAAAAAAUUAUUUGCUGCGAUACUGUGAUAAAAUUUGAUCAAAGUCAGUUAAGAAAUGGAAUUUUGGAUUAAUUUUUGCUUUUCAAUGUUAUUUGAAUGGUCUAAUUAAUUUUGUAGUAUCAAAAGAACAGAAUAUUCAUUAAACUUGACUGACUCGUAAAGCUUUCAAGAUUGAGUCAGUAUGGAAGUGAAGAAAAUACCACUUAAAACUCUUCAACAUCUACUCAAUUAUCUGUUCAUACAUUUGCGAAUUAACUGUAUAUUUCUAGCACAUAAAUAUCUGGAAGAAUGAAAAAUUCAUAGUUGUAUUAAAUAAAUAAUUGUUAUUAAAAAAAAUAUUAACUCGAUCAUAAUUGUAUCGUGUUCUGUAAUUGUUGUAAAAUAAUA